GUUUUUCUCUGCUCUUUCACAUUGGUUUCAUACCAUACGAAAUUUCAGUGUCUCAAUGUUUCAAUGUUUAAAUCUAUCCUUGUUAUACCUGUAAUCUGAUUGGCUGAGAGACAAACGCUGUGACCUUGGCAACCUAAUAGUUACAUAUGAUUAUUAUUGUUAUAAUUACUAGUCGUGUUAUUAUUAUCACUUUACAAGACGAAAACAAUAUCUAAUGUCGAUAAUUUUACAACCAGACUAUGUAUAUGUGACAAAAUUGGAUAUAUGAAAAAAUUAUUUAACCAUAAAAUAAAAAUUGGAGUCAUUCAAAUUACUGUAAGAUAAAAAAGAAAUCGGUUGAAUGGAUCUAGAUGAAGGAAUUUAACAAGACUGGAAAAUUUUAAUUUCUCAAAAAUAAUACGCUAUAAAAAUGAACACUAAGCAUGAAUCUUGGCAUUUUCAGGGAUUAAUUUUAUUCACAUCAUCAAAUCUAUACAUAUUAACAAGUUUCAUUUUAGUAUCUACAGUGAUCAUCAUGUUUUGUAUAAAGUUUAAAUUUAAAUUACCGCCUAAAAAAUUGAACACAUUGAAACAAAGAAAUAAAACGGAUGAUAAAGAAUUGGACAAUGGAAUUAUUCACUUGAAAAGAAACUCAGGGCAGAAAUGUGUAAAUACAAAAACUGAAUCAUGGAAUCAAACUCCGGAUAAAUCUUCACCCAAUUCACCUUUACCUAGUCUUCCACAGUCGUCAAUAGCGAAUUCACCUCAAAUACCAACGACUUCUUCUCCUUCUUCACCAUCUUUGCCUCUUCCUUCUUUACCAAUAAAUCAAUAUCCUCCUCAGGAACAUUAUCACCAUCCUUAUCACCCUGCUAAUCAUCCUUAUUCACAUUCAUCUUAUGAGACAAUAGUCAAUGGAAAUUUAUCAUCAAGACGAACUCAGGGAAAACAAAAGCUACCGCCUUACAAGACGCACCCCAUACCUUUUACUACUUGGCUCAUUAAAAUUACACAGAAACUUUUACAUUGGAAAAAUGAUUUCGUCAAUAGAACAUCAUUCAAUGUUUCAACACAGUUCAAUUGUCAAUGUAAACCAAUGAAUGAUAAAUACAUAUCACAUGACAGCAAUUCAACACCAAUGCAAAGAAAGAUGAGUAAUAGUAAUAACAAUAAUUUUAUGGAUAAAGGACAAUUGAAUGAAGACAGAAUUCUUUUUGAUAGCCUACAAAUUAAAAGAAAAGCCAAUAGUAUGAAAGAAGAGAUGUAUAGAAAACAAAAUAUUUCCCCAUUUUGGAUUAAUAAUACUAAUCAUAUUGUACAGUCAUAUUCCACUAUAAUUGCCUCUUCCCAUCCAACUACAAAUUGUCGUCCUUCACCAUUUCGGCAUUUUGAUUCCUCACAAAGUGAUCUAUUUGAUCCAAUCUAUUCAGUGAUUCAAUAUCCUUUGAAUGCUGGAGGAACACUUCAGUCAACGCAUUCAUUAUCACCAUCAUCAGUGUGUAAUUAUUCUGAAGGAUCAGUCAACGGUCAACGGCAAUUCAUAGAACCGCAUCGUCUAUUGGCGAAAGAUAUAUGGACAAGUCAGGUAAUAAUAAGUGUUUUUGAAUAA